CUGAUGAUGCAUGUGGCAGAAUAGGCUUGGGGAGCAUCGCUAUAGCAACCGCAAACAGAAAGGCACUUCAGAGCAAUCUCAGAGAGGAAAUGUGACCUGGGCCAUUACACAUCUACAAGCCCUACAAGACGACCGAAUCACUUCUAAAGGUAAAACCAAAGGUGAGCAGCAGAGGUGCCUGUGACAACGGCGAGCAUGUCGUGGUUCAGCUGGAACGAGCCGUACUAUCGGAGCCCACGACGUGAGCCGUCUGAAGUGGUUACGGACACCCUGAUGCUGGAGCUGAGCUGGCAGAUGAAGGAAGCCGAGAGGCAGCAGCGGGAGCGAGACAAUGAAUAUCGGCGCCUGAAGAGCGGCGUGGACUACAGCUGGCUCAUGAGCACCCCACGCAGCUCUUAUGACAUCAGCCAAGGAGAGAGACUCGGCCUUGAGGACCUGUGUAGCAAAGUACCACCAUCAUACUGCGGAUCUGUAAUACAAAGGUUUCGGCAGGUGCUGAUGGAGAAUGAGCCUGAAGUGCAGGAGGUUUCCGGACUCUUCCGCUCUGUGCUCGUGGAAACACUUGAGCGUGUUCAAGAGGAGCAGGAGGCGCAGCGUCUGACCCACCAGUGGAACAACAGACGCUCCAUUAGCCUGUCAUUGAUGAGCUUCAAGUCUCGCGUGCGGAUCAACCCUUUCGGCAGCACCUUGGGACUGAAACCAAAUAGUUACGGCUCGGAGGAAGAUGGAGUUGAUGUUAAGACUGUGUGUGGGGAUGUAGAGAAGGGCCUUACUCAGACAACAGAGAAAGCGCAGCGUGUGUGGAGCAUGCCAGACUUCAGACAUAAGGGAAUCAAUGGGAAAGCUUGAGUGUCUGUGAGUGGGAUUCAGCAGGAUCUGGUCCAGUCAAUGACUGUCUGAUAUUCCCAGCAUCUCCUUCACUUUCAAUGUAUUUAUAUUUCCAUAAGUAUGAAAGUAAGAGGUUUGUGGGGAUGUUGGAAAAUAAAACCUAAGUCUUACAAGGAAAACAUCAUAAUUCAAUAAAUAUGCCACAAGAACCAUAGAUCAUAAAGCCACACUUUUCAUUUUUGACUGAAUGUGCAUAUUCAGUAAAUUCCUAAAACAAUUUGUAUAUCAAGCUAUUCUGAAAUAGUACAGUUGCCUAAUUUAUCCUGUGAACUUUAGAAAAUAUGGGGUUUUUAAUGGCCCUUCUGUUUUACAAUUGAUAUAAUUUUUAAAUAAAAUAUUCCAGUGCAGGUCAAGUUUUGUAACAUUGCCCCAUUUUUCAAAACAGGGGCUGCUGAAUUUGGUGUGGAAAUGUUCAGAUGCUUGUGAUUGGUAGAUUUUUAUUUAUUUUUUGCUUGUUGUAUGACGGUCUUGUGAACGUAUGUGCAAGUGUGUAAGUGAUGAGUUGUUUGCGAAACAUUUAAAUUAAUUUUAAUUAAUUACUUUAUCAACUGAGUUACAAUCAGUUUAACUGUAGAAUGUAAAUGAAUGUUUUAAUUUCAUUGUGCUGAAAAAUAAAAAUUUAUGCACGUUU